GCUGCGAACAAAUUGAUCGCAACAAGAUCGGGGCUCGCGUGCCUGGCGAGUACAUGUGUCGAUCGUGAUCAUUUUUGUUUCACCUCGCCAUGGCGAAAAGAAAGCAACCCGAAGCCUCCCCUGAAGUAGCAGAAGCGCCUUCAAAGCGACGCCGAAAGACCACCGAAGCACCGCCUACAAACGGCAUCCACAACGACGAGGAGGAGGUCGAAGCUAUACCAAAGGCAAAUGGCACACCGAAAAAGCAGGCAACACCAUCACGAAGACAAAGAAAGUCUGCAGCAGAAAUUCUAGUAGAAGAAGAGGGCAACGACGCAGGCAGUCCUACGCCUAAAGCUGACGGCCGCAUUCUCUUCUCUACACCACGAAGGAGCAAAAAGCACACCAAUGGCACGCCCUCAAAAUCCAAGGCAAACAACUCCGCCCGACGCAAAAGCGCACGCGCUCUCGCCGAACAAGACGAAGAGGAGGAUGACUGGGACGGCCAAGCUGCGCUGGCCCGCGAGAUUCUCGAAGACGAAGAAGAACCUCUCGUCGAAGCUCCUCUAGGAGAACAAGACGAGAACGAGGCAACCACGCCUGUCCAAACACCAAGUCGCGGCCGCGGCCGGCCCAAGGGCGCGAGGAAUAAACGCUCCCCUACGCCCGAAGGCAACAUCCCCCCUGAAGAGCGGUACUUCUUCCAGAACCGCGCCGGGCCUCCUCAAAUCUCGAACAACAAAUUCACUUCCGUCAAGCUGCUCACGCACGACGAAUACUUUGAGCAGAUCCAGUCUUACACAGACCGCCACGACGCAGACCAGGCGCGGCUGAUGAACCUGCAUGCGCGCUCGUUUCCGCAGUGGAAGUUUGAAUUGUCGGAAGGGUUUGGCCUAUGUCUCUACGGCUACGGAAGUAAACGAGCACUUGUGACCAAGUUUGCAGAGUAUCUGUACAAAAUCUCCAAGCCGGCCUCUCGCCCUCGAAUCGUGAUUGUGAAUGGGUACACGCCGAAACUCAAUGUUCGGCACAUACUGAACACGGUCGCAUCAGCCAUUGUCGGCGAGGAUGAGACUUUCAGGCUAGUCGGGCAACCGCACGAGAUGCUCGACACGCUCUUCGAGCACUUGACUGUCCCGGUGACGGUGAUGAUCAAUUCGAUCGACGCGGGCCCGUUGCGUCGUGGUGGUGUGCAGUCCGUCCUCGCUCGGCUUGCGGACCACCAUAUGGUCUCAUUCCUUGCGACGGCGGAUAGCCCUACAUUCGCGACGAUGUGGAACUCGAGUCUACUGGAUCGGUUCAGGUUCGUGUACCAUGACUGCACGACGUUCGCAGCGUACAGCGCCGAGAUCAAUGUGGUGGACGAUGUUCAUGAAUUGCUCGGCCGGAAAAGGAUGAGGAUCGGUGGCAAGGAAGGCAUUGGCUUCGUGUUGAAGAGUUUGCCGGAGAAUGCCAGGAAUUUGUACAGGCUGCUCCUGUCGGAGAUACUGGCGAUCCUCGUUGAUGGGAUCGACGGAGGCGCGGGAGCAGGGUUGGACGAGGACGACGAGGUAGAGACAGAGACAGAAGCAGGGAGGCGGACUACCGCAGGGAGAGCGAAGGGCGAAAGUGCUGCAGAGGAAGUGGGUGUCGAAUAUCGCACGUUAUAUGAAAAGGCGAGUACGGACUUUAUUUGUUCGAGUAGCAUGAAUUUCCAGUUUCUGUUGAAGGAGUUUCACGACCAUCAGCUGAUUACGAGUCGGAGGGACGCGACCGGCACACAAUUGUUGGGUGUGCCGCUGGGAAGGGAAGAGAUGGAGGCAGUUUUGGAGGAUCUUUCUUGAACCGAAUCAGACUGGUCAAGGAAAAAGACCAGCAAGUGUCUAUGUGCGGACCUGGUACGCAGCAUGGCAUCCAGAGAUACUGGCCAGGAGACGCUGCAACGGUAUCAACUCAUGCUUUCCAAGCACGAGAGAUUUCGUAGGUACCUAAGGGCGUUAGAUAAUAUGUCCGGAUUCUCUGUAUGAGGGCAAACGAGACAUAUCGGGCAUUACGAUGACAUCCGCAAUGAAGAAACGAACAUGAG